UUUGGUCUGUCUUCAUCUUUACUUGGGCGCUGCGCGUGGGCUGUCAAUUAUACAUUACAUAUUACACUUCUUCUAGACUCGACUCCACUACCUUAAUUUCGAUUCCCUUCCGCAAUGGCCGAACAAUCCAAACGAGCCUCCACAUCAGAGGCCCUCGCUUCUCCUGCCGGUGACCAGGACCCCUCCGCGCAAACCCAAUUAACCGCCGCAGUCGACGACCUGCUGGACCAGCUGCAGCAUAAAUUCGACAACGUGUCGCAGGAGAUGUUUGGGAAGUUGGAUGAAAUGGUCCGGAGAUUAGACGAGCUCGAGGCCUCGAUGCAUAGUGCCUCGGACGCGGGGCCGAGUAGUCCUUCGAAGUGAUGGAUUCUCGGGUUGCUCUCUGGUUUUAGCGUUGCGUUGGCUUGCAUACAUACAGAUGGAGGGUGGGUCGGGGGGAGAACUAAUAGAUAAUGCGUGGACUGGACAGAGUGAGUGAAAGAAGAGGAGAUUAGAGCUUGCAUUUAGGCCUUGGUGCCGUGCUGUUUGAAGAUACCCUAAGAUUUAUUUCGUGUUUGAAUAUAUUGAUCUAGAC